AUGACAUUGCUACUUGUUGAUUGUUGAUUGUAGCUGUAGGAAAAAAAAAACAAAAUAAACUCUGAUAUUAUAUUAUCUCUUUAUUUUUGGAAAAUAUUGUGUUAGAAUAUUAUCCCUCUAUUUCAGGAAUUUAAGAUAUUGUGUUAUUUUAAUUUCUAUGUUUAAGUUCUUGAGCUUUUAUAUAAAUAGGGGUAUUUUUUCUCUAAUUAUGAAUGAUACAGUAUCGUUGUCUAAUCCGACCGCAUUUUGAUGGAUGUGGCCUCAAAGGUGAGAAAACUUGUUCUUCCUUGUGAUUUUGAAAUUUGGAUAUACUUGUGAUACAGUACCACUGCUCAGACGCUUAUUGAUGUUGCUAGGGGAAAGCUUGUUAUGAACGUGGUCGAGGAAAAAUAAUAAUAAUUAUUUUAUUUAUUUCAUUUUAAUGUAACUCUCAAAUCUUCUCACUUUGCUAAAAUAACUCAAUUUAUUCUCAUAUUAAAAAAAUUCUAUUACGAUUUAAGUUAAAGGUCGAAUCUAUUUUCCGCACCUAAUGCCAACCAUAUCUAUUCAAUCCAAGCUCCCAAGUCCGAACCCUAAUAUUCCAUCUAACGUUCACUUCCCAUGUUUUCAAACAUUCCCUCCCAUAUCAAUAAAAUCCAAACAUUUCAAAACACACAAAAUCCCUCAUUUUCCACACCCUUCCUUAACUCACCCAUUAUUACAAGUUACAACACCAUUAUUCAAAUUCAAUACAACCCUCUUCAAUUCUCCUUCUCCAUGGAAGAAGAAGCCGCCAUCAACGAAGCUGCUUUCAAGCCGGCUCAUUUGGUAACUUUCUCACCUAUCCCAAUCUUCUCUUCUUCACUCAACCAUCGGCGUCUUUCAAGCCAGUUCUCCAAGCCAAACAGCCCAAUUAAAGCUGGCAUCAGAAAAAAGAUUGCUUCAUCAUCAGCUUCAACUGUGGCUUGGAUUUCUCUCCAGGGUCGGCUUAUCGGAGCCGAAGAAGCUACCUCUUCUCAAGCCAUUGGUGGUGGGUUAAGCCGAAAGGAAGCCGUGGCGUGGGAACUCUUUAGCCCUAUUCAUCGUGUUCUUAUCGUGGCUGUUGUUGCUGUCGCCACUGCUAAAUGUGAGAAGAAUCGUCAGAUUGCUCGUCUCAGAAAUUGUGUUCAACUUAGGGAUGAGAUUUUGGCGAGCAUGCAGCAAAAGCUCGAUGAUUUAUGCGUGCAAAUGAACUGUAAUAAAGAUCAUCCUCAAGAAAAAGCUAAUCUACCAGCAUCCAAGAUCCUUGAUCACUCAUCUACGAGAUCAUCUUUGCCUGGGAAAUCUGAUUCUGUUUGCAGUGACUGCUGGUUUUGUGAUCAACGUCGAGCAGAGUCAAUUGAUUUUUCGGGUAACUCACUAGUGAAAGCUAGUAGUGGUGAUGAGAUGUUUAGAAGUAGACUGUCCAUAUCUAAUCAAGCAGAACAAGAGGAACGUCGUCUGUCUGAUUUGUCUGAUUGGGCCUCCAGUGUCACUUCAGCCACAGAUUUACAGCUAAAUAACCUAGCAAUAGAACAAGAUACAUACAACCUUAAGAAGGAAUGUGAAGAAAAAGAUACUGCUAUAAAGGAACUAUCUGCCUUUAUUCGCUCAAAGGAUGUUGCAACGUCUAAAAGAAUCGUAGAACUCGAAGAAGUUAUUUGCAGGAAGAACACAAUGAUUACAAAGUUGAAAAAGGAUCUCAUUGUUCUGGAACAGAAGGUGGUAAACUUGACUAGAACAAGAAGGCGUUCAUUCCCUGGGACGAACUUGGAAAAGAAACAGCAGCUACCUACAAUGUCAGAUAAUCUACUUUACGAUAUGGAUAGCCCUUUGUCUUCGGAUUCAGACAGCUCCUCGAAGAAGCAGAAUACCUCUGAUGUUCAAAGUGAAGUCGUAGUAGAAGCUGUAGCGAACACACCAGUGCAGAAAAGCUUUUCAGACGAGAAUGUACCAAAGAAAAACCCAAAAUUGAGACCUGCCAAAUUGUCUCUUCAGGUCCUGAAAUCCAGACAAGUGAGUCCCCUCAAGGAGAAAUCAUUGAAUCAAAGACAGUACUCGUCCACCCCAUCAAUGCAAAACCAAGUCUUAGCAAGUGCAAGCUUGAAACAUAUUUCUAACAGAAGACGAACUCAGAGUAGUACCAAAGAUGUCGGUUCUCAUAAGCGAUGGAUGUAUAUGAACUUUAUGUAGGUACGAUGCCCCUAUGCACUGUCGAGUUCCAGUUACUCGCGAUCUUCAAUUUUGUCUAAGCGCGACUUGAAGAUGGAGGAAUAUACUUUAAGCACAUAAUCGCUGGUGAUGUAUUACAGAUACAAAUAUGAAAUAUGAUCUUAACUUGUAUCUAAUGAAACAUAUAUUGAACUGAUAUUGCUAAAAACACAGAAGAAUGUGUUUCUUUAUAGUAGUUGCAUGGAACGGUAAUAGGAGAAUUAAUUAUGUACUUGUAAUUAAGUUUCUCUUGGUGAUAAUAUAUAUACGUGUUUCAGCGUAA